UGCCUGUGUCCACAAAACCAUUUUACCUCUACUGAGAUUUUGCUUAAACUUCUGGAUAUUUUCCAUCAUUCUGUGUUAAAAUUGGUGACACUCUAAUCUGUGAUACUCUAAUUGACCCAUAAGAGUAGUUUAGUUUUUAAAACAACUUCUGCUGAGGUGUGUCCAAUACUGAAGCACUGGAUGAUGGGUGUGUGGGCCAGAGCAGCGGCUCUGUCUCUGGUGCUGCAACAGCUGGUGCUCACUGUCACAGCUCAAGGCAUUAUCUAUGACCUGCUGGUGUCUCCAGACUGCCUGCCAGACUUGUUCCAAGGAAGCCUAAAGAACAAAGGGCGAGAUGAGGCUUUCCUCCUCUCUUCCUUCAGGCUCCACAGCAAGGCCCCUACCUCUCUGUACAGUGUCAUCAACCCCAAAGACAACACCAAGUACCUGGAGCUCAGUGUGCAGGCCAAACUAAGCAAGGUGACCAUUCGUUUCCAGAAGACUGACGGCAGAUCGGUCACAACCAGUUUCAACCACGCUUCCCUGGCAGAUGGCCAAGAUCACCAUGUGAUGCUACAUGCCAGAGGUCUACAGGGCGGUCCGCCGCGCCUCAACAUCUAUGUAGACUGCAGACUGGUACACACUUUGGAUGAUCUGCCGGCUGCGUUUGGUUCACUCCCCCCUGGUCCCAACAAGGUGGCACUCAGGACCCUGCAGUCGAGUGGACAGGAUGAACUGACAGACUUGAAACUGGUGAUAGAGGACACCAUAGAUAAUGUGGCGACUCUGCAGGACUGCAGCAUGGAUCCGCGUGAAUCUCUGCAGCUGCUGAGUAUCCAGGGAGGUAGCACUGCACACGACCAGGCCACCAUGCAGGAGCUGAAGAGCAUGUUAUCUGAGAUGAAGCAACUGCUCAACCAGCAGAUUAAGGAGACAACUUUUCUGAGAAAUACCAUUGCGGAAUGUCUUGCCUGUGGUCUCGGGGGCGAUCCAACCAACACAGGUCCAGCUCCAAUUGUCAUGCAGCCUCAGUCUACCUGCCCACCUGGCACCUGUUUCAGACAAAACAUGUGCAUCCGCUCAGAGUCAGGGGGUUUCCAGUGUGCGCCCUGUCCUGAUGGAUAUACAGGAGAUGGGGUACACUGUGACGACGUAGAUGAAUGCCAGUUUAACCCAUGUUACCCUGGUGUCCGGUGUGUGAACACUGCUCCAGGUUUUCGCUGUGAGAAAUGCCCUCUGGGAUACCUAGGACCAGAGAUAAAUGGAGUGGGAGUGUCCUAUGCAAAGUCCCACAAACAGGCGUGUGACGAUAUAGAUGAGUGUCUGGGCCCGCCUGAGAAUGGAGGUUGCACUGCCAACUCACACUGCCACAACACUAUAGGCUCCUUCCGCUGCGGUGAGUGCAAAACCGGCUUCACAGGUGAUCAGGUGAAAGGCUGCCAUGGUAUCAGGCUUUGCCCCAAUGGUCAACCCAACCCCUGCGACGCUAAUGCCAAUUGUGUCGUGGAGAGAGACGGCAGCAUUAGCUGUGUGUGUGGCGUUGGUUGGGCAGGUAAUGGCUAUGUGUGUGGAAAGGACACAGAUAUUGACGCAUAUCCUGACAGUAAGCUCCAGUGCAGAGACAACAACUGUGAGAAGGAUAACUGUGUGUUUGUGCCAAACUCUGGCCAAGAGGAUGCAGACAGGGAUGGGAUGGGUGACUCCUGUGAUGAUGAUGCAGACAGUGAUGGCAUUAUUAACAUAGAUGACAACUGCUGGCUUAUUCCUAAUGUGGACCAAAGGAACAGUGAUAAGGAUCUCCAUGGCGAUGCUUGUGACAAUUGCAGAACAGUUGAUAACCCCACACAGAGGGAUACCGAUCAGGACGGGCUGGGAGAUGAAUGCGAUGAUGAUAUGGAUGGGGACGGUUUGAAGAAUAUUCUUGACAACUGCCAGCGAGUCCCCAAUGUAGACCAGAAAGACAGAGACAACGAUGGGGUGGGAGAUGCCUGUGACAGCUGUCCCGAUAUGGCCAACUCUAACCAGUCUGACUCAGAUGAUGACCUUGUAGGAGAUAGCUGUGAUGACAACAUUGACAGUGAUGGUGAUGGACACCAGAACACAAAAGACAACUGUCCCACAAUCAUCAAUUCCUCUCAGUUGGACACUGACAAGGAUGGAAUGGGAGAUGAAUGUGACGAUGACGAUGAUAACGACGGCAUACUGGACGAUGAUGACAACUGCAGACUAGUUCCCAACCCAGACCAAAAGGACACAGAUAAUAACAGAGUUGGAGACGCAUGCGAAGGAGAUUUUGACAAAGACAAUGUCAUCGACACAAUUGACCACUGUCCAGAGAAUGCCGAGGUCACCCUGACCGACUUCAGAGCCUAUCAGACCGUAGUGCUGGAUCCAGAAGGGGACUCUCAGAUUGACCCCAACUGGGUGGUCCUCAAUCAGGGCAUGGAGAUAGUUCAGACAAUGAACUCUGACCCUGGCCUUGCUGUAGGCUACAAAGCAUUCAGUGGGGUCGACUUUGAGGGAACAUUCCACGUGAACACAAUGACGGAUGAUGACUACGCCGGCUUCAUCUUCGGCUACCAGGACUCCUCCUCCUUCUACGUGGUGAUGUGGAAACAGACAGAACAAACCUACUGGCAGGCUGCACCCUUCAGAGCAGUCGCUGAGCCGGGAAUACAACUCAAGGUUGUGAAGUCAAAGACAGGUCCGGGUGAGUAUCUGAGGAACUCCCUCUGGCACACAGGACACACCCCUGAGCAGGUCCGUCUCCUGUGGAAGGAUCCGAGGAACGUUGGCUGGAAGGACAAGGUGUCCUACCGCUGGUUCCUCCAGCACAGACCACAGGUUGGAUACAUCAGGGCUCGCUUCUUUGAGGGUCCAAAGCUGGUGGCAGACACAGGGGUGAUCAUUGACACCAGUAUGAGAGGUGGAAGACUGGGCGUGUUCUGCUUCUCUCAGGAAAAUAUAAUCUGGUCCAAUCUGAAGUACCGUUGCAACGACACUGUUCCUGCUGACUACGAGGAUCUCAAUGCCCAGAACACAGAGUGAAGCCAGAGAAGGGAAGUGAUCCAUCAAGGAAACAACUUGUAAAACUAUAUUGUAAAACAUAAUAAUACUAUUAGUAAAUAUAUAUAUAGUAAUCCUAUAGUAAAACAACAAAGCAUGAAGGUAAGGAGUACAGUUGCAGAUGAGAACCAAAAGGAAAAGGACAUGAGCUAGAGAAAGAAAGAUGACUGUAAGAGGGAACAUGAUGGACCGAUUUUAACUUUGUCAUUCAAAUGAGAGGAUUGGGCAUUAUAUACUUUGUGUAACUGAAGCCAGUACAUUUUUGUAUAAAUCAGCCGGUUUUGUGUAUGUUUAUGCAAUAAUCAGCAUUUUAGGAGAACUUUUAAAUGUGCAAUUAUGUU